UAGAGCUGCUCUUGUGCAACCAACACCACCACCACCACCACCACCUCCUCCUCCUCCUCCAUUGAUUCACAGACAGACUUCACAUUCCCCCACAAGCAGCCCAUCAGCUUCCACGGUGAGCAGAUUAAUAACAACAGUAGUCGGUGAUCACACGGGAGGAGAGAACCGGCGCUGCUCGUCCUCCGCGGGAUACUUGGAUAGCUACAGCAACAGGGUCCAUCCCUGCUCCGCUCUCCUCUUCUUCUUUUUUUCUUCUCCACUCCUGGUCCACACCUGUGUUUUCCACGUUGAGAACGCACACUCUUUUUUUGUGUAACUACUUGGAUACCGGCGCGUUGUCCUUUCUUUAAAUGUCGGACUGAACACAACUGCUAUGACAGGGAAACUAGCGGAGAAGCUCCCUCUUACGAUGAGCAGUUUAAUAAACACGAUCCCUGACAGUCUCUACCCAGAAGAGGACAUCCCGACGUCCAUGAAUAUCUUCACCAGUACGGAAUCUAUUAACCACUAUUCACAGAUGAACACAGAUAACAUCAUGGAUCUGGGCAUGGGGAGCGAGAAAGCAUCCGCAGAGAUUCAGUAUGGAUCCAGCUUCCAGUCCAACCGCAGCGGGCAGACUGUCACUUAUCUGGGGAAGUUUGCCUUUGACACUCCUCCGUCAGGGGGCAUCGGCGGCUCUGGCUGGUGCUCUGAUAACAAUAUCAUCAGUCUUGUCAGCGCGGGGAUCCUGGGCGUUUCUCCAUCACCCGGCACAGUAACCACGCAGACAUCAUCCUCUGCAGCCAGCAUGGGCGGGCAGACGUCAGAUAUGGAGCAGGUGUAUGGUCCACCACUGCCUGCUUACUCCACCUGCAGUGACCUGUACCAGGACCAGGUCUCCUUCCACCACAGUCCUGCAACCAGCACGGGUCUAGCCUACCCAGGCAAUGACUAUCACUCCACGUCCAAAGCCUCCAUGGAUGGGAGCCUUUUCUCUAUGAUCCCUGACUACAACCUUUUCCACCAUCAGGGGGAAGUUGGCGUGAUGGAGCACAAGCCCUUCCAGACCAUGGACCCCAUCAGAGUCAACCCUCCACCUAUCACGCCCCUGGAGACCAUCAGGGCGUUCAAAGACAAACAGCAGAUUCACCCAGGUUUCAUUGGUGGCCAGCAGCACCCUCCUCAGCACCACCCACAGCCACAGACACUCACCCUUAAACCCAUCCGACCAAGGAAGUACCCCAACCGUCCCAGCAAAACCCCUGUCCACGAACGGCCGCACGCCUGCCCGGCGGAGAACUGUGACAGGCGCUUCUCACGCUCAGACGAGCUCACGCGCCACCUUCGCAUCCACACAGGCCACAAACCCUUCCAGUGCAGAAUAUGCAUGCGCUCCUUUAGCCGGAGCGACCACCUGACCACACACAUCCGCACACACACAGGCGAGAAACCCUUCUCCUGUGAGUUCUGUGGACGCAAGUUUGCCAGAAGUGACGAGCGAAAGAGACACGCAAAGGUCCACCUGAAACAGAAGGACAAGAAGCCAGCUGACAAGAGCAGCGGGGCGGCUGGGAGCCACAGCUCGCCCCCCGGCUCCUGCGGGGGGCCAACGGUGGGAACGUCAUGACCGUCGCUACGUGCACUUGGACUGGACCCUCUCCAUGCCUCGUAAAGAGACUAAGGAAGAAAGGAUCACGUCCACUAUGAGAUAAAUAGGUGACUCUUUUCCUCUCUUUUACACCCCUGCUCUUUUCAGUUAACUUCUAUUUACAGAUGGAUGCCUUUAGGUUAAGUACGAGGGGAAAGGCUGCUGCGCCCUUCUCUUUCAAGUAACUCAGAGUCUCAGCUACUGUGACACAGUGCCAGCACAAAGAAGGGCACCGUGGCGUAUUGUGUCUACAAAGUCGCCCGAAAGCUUUUUGGGGUGGAUACACUUUUGUAAAUUUUACUGAGAAUUUCUAAAUUGGAAGGAAGCCAGAAUCCAUCAUAAGACUCAAAAACAGACACAAUUACAAAGGAAUUUAGUUAAAGGGUACGUUUCCUGGGAUGUAUGCAUUCAUUUUAUUAGGCUGUUUAAAAGUGCAAUUGGUUAUAUUUAUGUACUGUCAUGGAUACCUUAUUAGUGGCACUUGGCUGUCUUUUUGUUGUUUUUGUUGAGGUGUUGUGCUUUUUUAUUUUCUAUUUGAAUGUUGUUUUCUCAAAAGAAUGUGCCAAAUGUAUUGUGGUGAUACAGCCAACCUUGUUCUUAUUGGUGUGCCUGACAUUUGCCAAACACAGCAGUGAUAUCAGUUUAGCACACAUGUUGAGGUUAGGGAUAGAUCAGAUUAAAAAAAAGUAUCUCAGAUUUGGAUUAAUUUGGUCUAGAUGAUGACUGAAUUGGUUACACAAAGCAAACCAACGUCUUGUCCUGUUACCUGUUCUUAUAAAACAUGACUGCAGCAAUCAAUGCCUUUGCCAAUACUUAUUUAUUUAUUAGUCACUGAAAGACACUGUGUAUGUUUGUCGCCUUUUUACAUGGUGGCUUUAUGUGAUGUUACCUAAUAUCAUUCCUGAUUUUUUUUUAAAGGCUAACCAAUGCUGUUCUUUUUUUAUUUCUUUUGAGUUCUGCAAUUUUACGCUUAAUUACACCAACCAGUAAAUAAAAAUAAAAUAGAGCACAGUUACACAUACUGAACUACUUACAGUACAUAAAUGACACUGGGUUGCAAACCAACAGAAUAUGAAAGCAAAGAUGAGUGAGGGAUACUCAGAGUGAAAGGACCAUAUAUUUAGUUUAAAUUACCAAUUGAUGAACAGCAUAUGGUGAGAGAAAAAUAAAUCAAAAUGUCCAAAUCCAUGUUUACAUCUUUUAUAAUACAAAGUGACUGAGAGCGAGUUGUAAAGGACGUUUUGUACAUUAUACAAACAUGUAUGCAGGUAGCUACAGUAGAAGUUACACUUUUGUACUCAAAUGUCACAUGCAACAUAAUUCAGUAUUAAAUUGUGCAUAUAUGUGCAUGCCUUCAUGCACUCUAUGUAAAUACAAAUGUCUGCAUAAACAAGAAAUUUAAAUUGAUUGGAAGCCUGUGCGGAAUGUGUCUUAAAGCUUUUAGUAAAGUAGUUAUAUUACAGAAUACUUUGUUGUCAUAGGUCAUUGCAAAAACAUUUGGAGCACUGUAAAGGUGCCAAAUAAGGUGUAUUAGCUUUCAUAAAAAGAAGAAAAAUAAUAAUAAUAGCGCCAUUUGUACAUUUUAAAGUGGUAAAUGGUUUACGGUAGCACUAAUGUGUUCUCUGAAUAAACAGCAAGAUUUCUUACGUUUUGUUCAUCUCAAUUAUAGUCGCAAAUCAGUUACUUCAAUUAGCACAUCUUACCCAUUGCAGAGAAGACACCGGUUGUUCUCGGAUUGACAAGAGACUAAAUUAUUGGAUACUUCCUUUUACAAAAUCAUUACAGAGCUAUGCCAAUGUUUUUCACAAUCCUUAAUGUUUUUUUCCGUGAUUGAAGGAAAUUACUCUUAUUUCAUUCAACGAAAUAUUUUGUGUAGGCUCAUCUACCCAUUAGCUUCUAUGAGAACUUAAAAGUGUCGAAACAACAACCAUAUUAGAUUGAACCGGUAUUCCCAAUUGGGGAUAUAAAAGGUAAAAUGUUUUUUAAAAUAUAUUUGUUUUAACAAUUCUCUGUGCAAGGAGGUUAGUGUGUUUUUCUCUAAGACUCCAUAAUGGCACCAUAAAAUGAAAUAUGAGGUGUAAUAACCUCGUCUAAGUGCCAAGAUAGUUUCAGAGUUUAUCACUAAAACACAAAUUUCUCCUUCUACUUUGACCGACAGUAUUUCUGAUAAUUGUCAGUGCACUCUGAAUAUUAAGGACCGUAUUCUGUAUGCAAGGCAGAGAAUUUAUACUAACAUUGUUAUCAGCUAGAAAGAAAACACAUUGUGCAUAUUGUGUCAGUAGACACUGAAAUCAGACUUAAACAGAACAGCGACUGAUAAAGGCAAAGGCCAAAAGAAAGGUUCAGAAAAGCUAUGCCACAGAGAACACAGAGCAUACAGACCGACGCUUCCAAGGCCACGCUUUGCCUUUCCUGUAACAAUCAGUUUUCACUGCUGAGCUCCCUGGCAAGUGUUCACUUAUUUUCCAAUUAAUUUGGCCUCAGAGAUUCUCCUCUGAACUCAUCCAUGUGGUUAAUUUUUUAGAUAGUUUAAAAAUCCACACCACUACUGUAAAAUCAAUAGUUCGGUAUCAUUAAAAAAACACAGAUUUUAUUUCAUCUAAUGUUUUUAGAUGAAAUCUUAUGAGAGCUUAUCUUACUAAAAGGCAUACGACUAAACGAAAAGAAAAUGUAAAUUCUUACACAUAACAUUAAACAGCAUUCCUCUAGCCUGAUCGCAGAUGAUUAAUAUCAAUAAUAAUAAUGGUAAUAUUUCAGUUUCCCAGGUUAAAUAUUGCAACAUAAGCAAUGGCCUCUAAUGUAAACAUUGUGUAGCAGACCGCCUCAUAGAGUCAGCCCAAAAGAAUAUAGUAUGUGACGUGAUAGCAAAUGCUAAAUGUUUAUCCAGAAUAACUGGAUUUUUGAUAAAGUCCAUCAUAGACUGAAUUAAAUUCAAUUUAUUUCACCAGAAGUGUUGCUCUUGAUUUUAGAUUUUGUAGGUUAGAAUGGAUGGAUUUUAAUUAUAAUAUACAAUGUGGCCUCCUCUGAUAGAAAACUGUGGUUUCUAUAUGUUGAGGAAUGAUUUUGAGUGAGGCACAGAAUGCACCAAACUAUUUCCAUGCCUAAAUGAAGCCAUGUAAUUUUGCAAACAGUAUUGCAUCAGUCCUAUCCUCUCACUGUGCUUGUCACUUCUGUUUUGUGACACUUUUAUAAGGGACAGAUACAUUUGGUAUCUAUAUUUAUAUGAUCCCCGUAUCCCACUCCUUCAAUAUAGUUUGGUGGUUGAACAACAAUACAGGCUGCACCAUGUUCUGUUGAACAACAUUCCGUCUGUGUAAUGUAUGAAUGCUAUAUAUAAACAUAUAUAUAUAUAUAUAUGUCAAUAACUUGCUAUACAAACUCAAAAACAACCCCCUUCUUACAAUGGCUCCUCCAAGAAUAAUUUAUUUAAUGUUUUUUUUGUUUUUUUUUACGUUUUAUUGUCCAAAAGUAGGCAGCUGAAUGCUCUGAAAUUGGAAUUUGCCUCAUUCUCGUUCUCUGCUCCACACUGGAUCUGAGCCAACAUCAGCAGCCAUCUUCGUGCCAAACUGGGUUGCAGGGUUGGCUGAUCAAAAACAAUAUGAGAUGAGAACUCCACAGGAGAAGCAAAUCAUAAAUGUGACCUCAGUCUGCUUGCAGUUGAACGCAGUACUGUGCUAAUGUUUGUGUUAAACUGUCUUUUAGUCUUCGUGCAGUUGGCCUUGGGCAGGGCAAUAGGCGGGCUCUUUUGUGACAAUAAAUAAUUAGAGAUUGUUUAAAAAAUACCCUCAUGUUUGAAGAGAUUUCAAUAAUGUGUAGAUAUUAUAGGCUGCUCCUGUCACCUUAUGGACAACAGGGUGGCUUCAGGGAUUUUAUGGUCUUCAGCAGUGACACUUCAGUGUUCAGAUGGAGUCAUUACUCACUGUUUUCUGUUGUGUUGUGUUUUAUUUUCAUUGCAGUAUAUCCUCAUGUUUGCAUGUGCACGGAAAUGCUACCCUCAGAUACUGUGGGUGGUGCUCAUUUCUUUAUUAUGCAUGAAAAUAAGUCACAUUGGGUGAAAUGGAAUACACCCAACAACGAGAUAGACAAAUAAAAACACACACACUGGGAUAACUGUUCUUUUUUUCUUUUUUUUUCUAAGAAAACAAGGGGUCUUGUUUGAAAUGUUGUGGAUGUCUUUAGCCAAUUUCAUGUAUUUAUUACCUUAUAAUAAGGUAAUUUUAUGAUGAGCUGAAUAUUAAAAUUAAUUUGACUAUAUCCUUGUGAUGGGGAGGUGUGCUCCCCUGUUUACUUGGCACUUCAGUUUGUUGUAAUGCAAUUGUUUUGUUAUUUCUAUGUAAGUACUUGAAUAAAGAAAAA